AUGACAGCCCUACGCUAUGAUAUACUUUGCAGACGACAUAUCUUUGUGGAAAGAAUGGACAAAGAACCGAUAAAAGAUAUUGGUACAUUCAUGAAGAAAUAUGAAGACAAGGCCAAAGAUAAGUCGUUAAACUUUGGAGAGGCGAACGGAGGUGAAACUAACCCUUACGCGAAGGGAGGUAAACUCGAAUGGAGACACCGUGAGACUGGUUUGUCAUUUAACCACAAUUCUUCCACCGACAACCAACAAACAGCAUCGAGCUCUAGAGAUUUCAACAACAAUUUUCAUAGGAAACAAAGAGGCCCACGCCCAAACAGAACUUUCUCAUACGGUGCCAAACCUGGGUUCAACCAGUACCACAAAGGACCAAGCUUUAGCCACAACGUCCCGUUUCAUCAGAAUCAGCUACCGACAAUCCACAUGGGAUUCCCAAAUCAAGGACAACCAAACUCGAACCAAGCACCAAUGAACGUGAGCCUUGCCUCAAUUCCAAACGUCACUACAAAUAGCCAAGCACAGCCAAACAAUUACAACAAUUACCAAGGAAGAGGAGUAAGAGGUACUUGGAGAGGUACUAGAGGAGGAGUAGGAAGAGCUUUAGAAGUUUUGACACACUCCUUUAAUUAUCUUGUACCCAUGAAAACUUGA